GUAUACUCUCUCUCUCUCUCUUGUGUUUAUAAUAAAUAUAUUUUUACACAAGUUUCAUCCGCGUAUCUGAUAUCGUGUGGAUAUUUUUUUGUACAUACAAAACAUACGCGCGUUACAUGUUAUUGAAUUUUACACGCAUCUUAUUUAAUCAACAAUCUGAUAAAAAAAAAAAAACUGAAUAUUGCAAAGAGCUGACUUCAUACUAAAAAAAAAAAAAAAUAUUGAAAGCAUUUCUUAUAUUUUAUACGCAACGUUGUAACCUAUAUCUUCAACUAAAUCUCAAAUGUAAUUGUUCGAUAUUUGUAAUCUCCAAAAUGGCCCGGUUACUGAACACAAUAUGGGCGUUAAUGCUCAACAGACUGGGAAUAUCGAUUUUUCGCACGUGUUUCGCGAACGCCUUCGAAGACGAUUACGGUAUUCCCUUCGUACUAAGCCCACCGUUCACCUCUUUCUUAAUCGCGACGGGCGUUUACGUUAUCGUCGUCAGUUUCACGCUGUUUCCACAAUCUCUUCGAAAACCGCCACUUGUCUUUCUCUACUUGUACGAGGUUAGUGAUGAAAGAAAGAAAUUUUUUUGUUUGCUCGCACAAUCUAAUUUUCUUAUCGCGACCCUUUUUGCAUCUUUCCGAUUGCAGUUUCUGGUAACAGCGUUCAUUUUGGAAUUUGCGAUCGCCUGUUUGUGGACGCCGAUAGACGUGUUCGUCUUGAGCGUAUGGCCGGAGAAUAUCUGUCACAUGCUUCGUCGAGUGGGACUGGAAGACGCGGCCCGAACGGUGAAUGCGAAUAAGUCGUCUAUGACACUCGUCACGAAUGGAUUAGCGACGACGUUUUUUCUAAUUACUCUUCACGUUACGAGAGCCGUCGACUUCAAAGACCUAACGGAGAACGGAAUGACACAUUUUCUCUCGCAAUCGAUGACGAAACUGUGGCAACGUGUGCAAAGCGAAUUUCAAGAAGGUGAAUAAAAAAAAAAAAAAUUAAGCCCAACAUACAAAAUCGAGUCUAAAAAUUGCAACAACGAUCGGAGAGUAAAUCAUCAGUCAACGCAAGUGGAAUUUAAGUAAGAGUGAAAAAAAAUCUGGCAAGAAAGAUUUAAAGAACCUAAAACAAACGAAACGAUAAUUCGAUUGAGAAUUUUCGAAGUUAAAAAUUUGCGUGAGUAUUUGUGCACACAACAAGACGAUGUGCGGGUGAGAGGAAAGGAAAUUUGUGUGUAUUCGAGUAAAAAACAAAAACGUCCGAAUUUCAACGUUGUCACUUCAUUGAACAUUUUAUGAAAAAGAAGGCAUUUAUUUCGUUCGAACUAAAGUGUAAAGUACAAAUGGUAUAGAUAAUAUAGUGGUAAUAAUGUAAUAAUUAUAAUCGUUAAUAAAUAUCAAUUCAAUUAAUAAUACGGUGUGUCCCAGUAUACUGCGGAUAUUAUUAAUAUUAUCAUUAUUAUUAUUAUAUAUAUAUAUAUGUAUAUGGUAAUUGUACUAAUGGGAUGUGUUCAGUGGCAGCGUUAUACAUUAUGUAAUAAUAUAUGUAUAUUUUACAAUGAUUUUUUUUUCUCUCGUUUUAUCGACCGAUACGUACAAUUCAAUUCUUUGUUCUCUUUCUUAUUCUCUGACGUUUCUCUGUAAUUAUGAAAAGACACACCUCUCGUACGCGCGUAUAAAAUAUAUAUAAAAUACUUGUUUGUUUGUUUGUUUUUCAUCACGAAACCUCACAAGCUUGUUUAGAUGUAACUCUUGUGCUUUAAAAAUCGCGAAUUGUAUUCUAACGAAAACGAUUGCCUUUGAUUGCUCUUAGGUAAAAUAUUGCUUGGAAUCUAUAAUCGCGUUAUGCAGUUUUUUUCUACAUGAAAAAUAAAAAAGAAGUGCAGUUUCUAAGACAAAAAUAUUUAAAAAUUCUUCAAAGAAUAUAUAUAUAUGUAAUAUUUGUUGUAUAUAUAUAAAAUUUACUUUUAAUAAACAGGUCUGAUAUUUAAAGUUGACAAUUUACUUUCCAUAUGUGAUAACCAUGAUUAAAAAACAUUUGUCUCAAAAUGGUUUUUGAUUGGUUAUUCAAAAUCAGCGGUGACACAAAAAAACCCGAGAGGUGUUCUUCAUUUUCCUUCCAUAGGAUACGAAACUGAUGUCAGUUUUCCAUUUUUUUUUUCUUUUUUUUUUCAUCUCUUUUGUUCUCGUCUGUCACUCAUUGUUUUCUUUUUCUGCGAAACUAAACGAAAUUUGAUAAAUGUUAAUUACGCACGAGUUCACGCUCGCGCUCGGCCCUGUGUAGUAUCCCCGUUAAUAGAGUAUAUUACAUCUUUGUGCACAAUUAUAUAGGCAGUGCUCAGAAAAGAUUGAGGAUAUGUUAGUGUAGCUUUCCUCUUUUUUUUCUUUUUUUUUUAGUUUUCUGCAGUCUCGGUAAAAAUGUAAAAUGAGAUCGUUUUUAAAAAAUUUCAUAAGUACGUACUUAGAAUGAUAAAAAUUUUGUAUCUGACGAGAGAACGCUCGAACUGAUGCGUCUUUGCCGAUUUCUUUUUUUUUUAAUCUUUUUUUUUU